AUGGCCGAAGACCUACAAGCAUACUUGGCGUCCAAGUACAUGUCCGGACCCAAGGCCGAGGCUAUCCUGGCGGCGAGGAAAGAUGGAUCUAAAAAGAAAUCAAAGAAAAAAGUCAAAUCAAGUGAAACCAACGAGCAACUUGCGCCUUCGUAUUCUGGGAUGAUCCUGAAGGACGUGGACGGGGAAGACGAGUGGGGAUCAGGUGUGAGAGACGAGGAACUUGACGCAGCCCCUGUUGUGGAAAACGUUCCAACUUUCAAGGGGAAAUCAUCAGCCGAGUCCAAGUGGGAGACGAUCAAACCAUCUCAACGGGCCGAGACAAAAGAAGAGGAAGACGACGAAAGAGAGCCUGAGGACGAAAGGCCACAGAUAGUUGCAAGUAGUUCCACGAACGUCGUAGCGGGUGGCUUGCAAACAGCGGAGGCGAUUCGGGCGAAAUUUGCCUCCAAACCGACCGUCGCUGCGCCAGUGUCAGAUGACGAACCAGAAGAAGAGACGAUCUAUCGAGACUCGCAAGGGAGGAAGAUUGAUACCAAACAGAUGCGGGCCGAAGAAAAAAGGCGGCAGGCUCGAGAGCUUGAAAAAAAGAUGAAAAAAAUGGAGUGGGGGAAAGGAUUGGUACAAAGGGAAGACCGGAAAACCAACGCAAAGGAAUUGAGCAAGAUUGCCUCUCAGCCUUUCGCCCGCACUAUUGACGACAAAGAGUUAAACGACGAGUUGAAGGGAAAACAAAGAUGGAACGACCCAGCCGCACGCUUCCUUACAAAAUCAAGUGAUUCGUCAUCUAAAUCUACGAAACCUAAAUAUAACGGGCCUCCUCCACCGCCGAACCGAUAUGGUAUUCCGCCUGGAUUUCGUUGGGAUGGAGUCGAUCGCUCCAACGGAUUCGAAAAGAAAUUAUUUCAAACCGGAAACGAUCAGAAAAGGCUGCGGGCAGAGGCUUAUAACUACUCAGUGGACGAAAUGUAG